CCCCAGCCGUUUUGGCUCAUGCCGCUUUUGCACUUGGUUCAAGCCGCUAUGGCCGAAGCCACGAGGCCCGUGCCCCCCCUGCCGCCCGCGACGAGCGGCGCGCCUCCGCAGGCCACGAUGCCUCUGGUCAGGCAGGGCUGCCUCGCGGCAGCCGCGGUCGCCUGGGCGCUCGCCAGCUGCGCAGUGGCCGCGUGGGCGCUCGUCGGCUGCGCCGCGCCCGCGGGGGGCGGCCUGCGGGGGAGCGCCUCCAGAGGCCGAGGCGACUCGUCACCCCGCCGCCUAUCGCUGGGCGCAGGCGAGAAGCUGAAGGGUUUAGAGUAUGUCAUCAGCGGUUACGACAUCUUCCUAGGAAAUCCAUAACCCAACCCGCGGCGCUGUGGACAAGGGCUUCCGGAACAGAGUGUUCAAGGCAAAUUAUGGCAGCGAGUUGUCGCCAGACGGCACCGCGCUUCCGGAGGGGAUCACCGCGCUUCAGUGUCAGGGUUCAUGUUCUUUGGCUACUCAGGUGCAGGAGAUAAUGAGCAUGGAGGAUUAUUAUGAUUUCUUGUCCACCAGUGUCUAUACAGACAUCGAGUUUGGGGACAUCGCCAGAUUUCAGGCAUCUGCGGAUUUUCAGCGCGUCUUGGAAGGUUUUCAGUCUCGCGAGAACGUCUACACCAUCGUCACUGCCCAUUGCUGUGCCUACGAGGCUUUCGUCCAAACUUUCAAGCCCCCGCCGGCCGACGAGAACUUCCUGGCAGCCGUGGACAUGGCUCCAGUAGAAUACGAUCCGGAUUUUUAUUUUGAUAUCAUCGGCGAGUUCGGCACACAUUUUUUGUCGACCGUGCAGCUGGGUGCCAUGUACGGCGAAGAAACCCAGUUCACAAAGGUCCAGUACGACAACAUGAAAGCGUCGAAAAGUGAUUGGUGGGUGGAGGCUCAGGCUUCUUUCAUAGUGUCGAUCAAGGCCGGCGUUGCGAGUUCCACAGAGAUGACGUCGAGGGCCUUCUUUGAGGAGUACAGCACGAACACUCUGCAGUACUCACUCGGGGCGUUGCCGCCGCAGUCUGGAGAUCCAGGGCAAUGGUUGACGGACACGAUCAAGAACCCAGUACCCACUUCGAUGGAGCUCAAGCCGCUCAGCGAGCUGUUCGCCAGUUCCAUUGUCGUGUCUGAGACAAACAUGACGAAGCUCAAAGCCAAGAAAGAGAACAUGGAAAGGGCCUUGCACGAGUACUGCCCCGAUAAGCUGCUCAAGGAAGGGAAGGUCGACAGUUGCACAAAGAACGUGUACGAUCCUGACGGGACAGCUAUGGAAAAGACUUGCCUGGCCAAAGUCUGGGGUGGAGGUGGCCAGAAUGGCCAGUCGUUCGACGACUCCGCCACGAUGGUCGAGCUCCACGGACUGUUCACAAACCUCCAGGUUAAGCAGAUUGAGUAUCGGAGCGGGCGUUGGAUGGACAGCAUCCAGCUUGUGCUGGCUCUGGGAAAUGACAACUGGCCCCUGCCAGAGCACGGCGGCAAGGCCGGCGUCCCUGGCACGAUGACCUUCUCCGACGGCCAGAAAAUCAUUGCUGUCGAGUUGACAUACGAGAGGUACAUCGACAAGAUAUCCUUUUGGACAGACGACGGCAUUCAGCAAGUCGUGGGCGGCCCCGGCGGACUGUACACAAAGAUGGUGAACUUCAAGGACGCAGUGGGCAACGCGACUGGAUACUUUCCAAGGAGUGCGUGGUUGGUAGGCUUGUACGGCCACUCCCAAGACUACGUAGACUCCCUCGGCUUCUACGUAGCCUACACGUGCUCUUCGUCGGAGGUGCCAGGGCCGGCGGGUCUACCCCUCACGCGAUUGGCCAGCGUGCCGAACCAAACGGCGAGCAGCACGGCCACAGCAGUGCCACCUGCUUGACGUAGGCCUGGCCCUGCAGCAAGAAUCGGCCUGUUGCCGGUUAGGCCACACGCUGGUCGGCCCGUGGUCCGCGGGCCUUGCCGAUAAGGCGCGCGUGGCGACGAGGGUCCCACCCGCCCGGGGGCCAAGGGCCAUUGGAGAUCAGGGACGUGUAGGGCUCUAAUGAUGGGGGGGCUGCCCUUCUUGCGAGCCGUUUCGGACACGCGAGGACGUCGUACAGACGCGGGGCGGUUUUGCUUUCUGUGCCUGUCCAGGUCGGGUUCGCAGGGCUUUGGCUGCACUGAUCUGGGAUUGAGCGGCACCCUACGAGGAUUCGUUAAUUAUACCUGGGCCGGAUGUUCAUGCUGUGAUUCUCCGUGUAGCCCCCGGGAAGAAGCGAGUUGUUGCUCGUCUUCCUCCCCUGUGCGAUCCAGGUGCGCGGGUAGCGCUUGAGUUCAUCAGCGUUAUGUGUGUGUGCUUGUUGUUUGUCGCACUAGGCAAGUCGCAAUACGUUGCGCUAUACAACAUAAGGUAGGGUUAAGCUAGACUGUUCAAUGCCAUUUUUUUUUCGCCAGGCCCCCUCUUGCCUAGACCCGUCGCCAGCACAUAAAACUUGGCUUUCCGAGGCUGGCCUCGACCAGGGGAUCCCCAAGAAGCUCACAGACGCCCGCAUGACCUGAGCACCAAGUUUGGCUGGGUGGAGGCGGGGGCUUUCCUCGAUCGGGUCUGGCAAGAAUGAUAUCGGGUCGGGCACUGUUGCGGUGCGUAUUUUUUGUUCUCUUCGCGCAGCUCGAUUGUGGCGUGGUUACAGAACACAGAUCACACCACGGUGCUGAUUGCGAAGCGGGGCAACCCCUGCAGCGUUUUUGCUCAAAUAGCGGCAGCAUCGAUGUUCCAAGAGGCAUGAUGUGAAAUGUUGUGGGUCGUUGUGGGUCGCAUUUAGAGGGCGCCAUCGUUUUUUUCAGUCGUAGGCGGUUCGGAGGGCGCUCGGGUGAGCCAGCUGAGCACCAGACCCAGCCAUAACCUCACAGGGCGUUCGUUUGGAAAGUUACCGCAUUGGGUGUGCUGAAGGGCGGCGGCAACAAAUGUCGGUGUUCGUCGACACGUACCUUGCGGACGAGAGCACAUUCUGAAUUCGCAGAUGAUUGCCACGAGUACAGUGCGCCUCUGACGAGGUGCUGGGUCUUGCUCCAGAUGGCGGGCUCACCCCAAGCAGUGGCAAUAUCUCUAUCGCUAUGGCUCUCUCUCUCUCGCUCUCUCUCUUUAUCUCUCUCCCUCGCUCUCUCUCUCUCCAUCUCUCCCCCCCUCAUCUCGAAACCAGUGGUCCGCACGCUCAGCCAAGGGUGUGUGUGUGGAGCACAUGUGACCCGCACACAGCGCAGGCGCCGCGAGCUUUCAUGCGCUUGUGUAGUCUCUUGCUCGGCAGCUUGUCAGUAGCUGUAGCCGAUGUUGAUCUUGAGUCCGAGAGCACAGGCGCAUUGACCAUGAAGAAAAAGAAAUGCCGACGUACAA